CAAAAAAUUAAAAAGAACUUGGCACGGUUAAAAGUGAUGUAAACAACAGAACACUGUGUAAGUGUGUGAAUUUGAUUUGCGAAGAAAACGUUUGUCUGCGAGUGCGGGAAGUUAGUUUCGGAUUUAUUCGAGUAAAUUAGGGAAAGUUUACGUAGUGCGUAGUUGAAUUUAUUGAAAAUUACUAGCCGCGAUCACCUAGUUCGCCAGAGAAUCCGAGAAGGACCGUGCCGUGUGUUUUCUGCUGCAGAACCUUUUUGCACCUGAAUCUGCGCUACCAUUCGCACCGUCACUUGGUACAGCCUUGUGCCAAAACGAUCAAGCGUGAGUUUUUACCUAAAUUAUAAGAAAACAAACAGACAUCCUGGUGGCCACUACUCAGUUUUUCCAUCUUUUCGGAGUUCUUCUUGGGGGUAUCAUAACUACAAAAUUGUUGGAAACAAUUAGUCCACGCAAUACAAUGCUCUUAGGGAUGUAUGCUCAGAUUUUAUGUGGAUGUAUAACUGGUUUAGUUGAUGUUUUCGAGCUGCACAUGAUGUUCAGAUGUUUGAGUGCUAUUUGUUGUGGAUUAAUGUAUACAGCUGGUGGAGUAAUAAUGAGCGAUAUUACUGGAGGUAAACAUAGAACUGCAACCAUUUGUCUGUUUGAACAAUUUUGGUCAGUAGGAGUCAUGUUGUUACCAGGAAUAGCAAGUUUUUGGCAAAGUUGGUCACAAUUAUACCUAGCUAUUUCACUUCCAACGUUCAUUUUAAUAAUACUUCACAGGUGGAUACCCGAUUCACCAAAUUGGUUACUAGAACAUGGACGUAUUAUGGAAGCCAAAUCUGUACUAAUAGAAUCAACAAAAAUCAACAAGAAUACGUUUCUUCAAAACGACAUUGACUUACAGCUCAAAACUGCUUCUCAAGCCGAAAUGGACAAAGUGUCAGAAGGAUGGUGGAUGAUUUGGAAAGAAAAGACAGCUAUAAAAAAUCUUCUGAGGGUCCAUUUAGCGUGGUCUAUUUUCAUUGUCGUAUACUAUGGAAUGCUGUUAAAUAUUCGAGCUUUUGGUAGAGAUCAUUUAACCAUGAAUACCAUAAUCGCAGGAGCUUGUGAAAUGAUAGGUACAUUUGGAGGUUUAUACCUGAUAAUCUGCUCUAAUAAAAAAUGGUUUUGGUGUGGAUUAUUGAACAUCGCCGGAGGAUUGAUUGCAUACAUCGCAUGGAUAAUUCCUACAAAUAGUUUUGUGAGUGAGAGUGGUUUUUCGACGGAGUUGAUUUUCGACGGUUUGGCUUCUGGAGGCAGAUGGUUUAGGUAAGUUGUGUUAGGGGCA